UCAGUCUUCAAUCGAAAAUCCCUUCGUCUCCAUUCAUUCCAUCAAACCCAAAACCCCAAGCAGCUGAUUUCUCAGUUCAAAUUGAACUUAUACAGUAGUAUUUUAAUUAGCUCAGUGCUUUUGAUCUGAUUCAAUUCGAGUUGCAGAAAAUGGGAAAAGCGAAGGGAGAUGCUACAAGAACCAAAUCUCGCCCCUCCAGCAGCAGCAUGGCUGCUUCGCUGUUGCCGUCGGGCGCCACCGUGGUAGGGUUCGGAGGCUACGUCGGGAGUUCACGUCUGGACUCAUGACUCGCAUCGACGCCAGAUGCUGUUCCUGUAACAGUCAGUUUUAAUUCAGUUUCUAUUUUCGAGAGCUCAAUUAUAAAGUACUCCCUCCGUCCCGCACUAGUCGCACUUAUUUCCUUUUUGGGCGUCCCAAGUUACUUGCACUCUUUCCAUUUUUAGUAAAAAAAAUUCACCUACAGCCGUCAUUUUUGACUUUCCUAUACACUCAUUCCUUAAUCUCCGAGCCGAAAAGGAAAUGAGCGAGUAGCCCGGGACGGAGGGAGUAUUACGUUUGAAUUUUGUUGAUUGAGCAGGAUAUUGAUGGUGACCUGGCGCUGCAUUUGAAGCGGCUGUCGCGGAAAGAUCCCACAACCAAGCUUAAAGCUUUGACAUCGCUUUCUCAACUUAUGGAAGAGAAAUCUGCAAAGGAAUUAGUAGUGAUCAUUCCUCAGUGGGUAAAGGCAUUUGAGUACAAGAAGCUGUUGCUCGACUACAACAGAGAAGUUCGACGAGCAACGCAUGAUACCAUGACUAAUCUUGUUACUGUUGUGGGAAGAGACUUGGCUCCACACCUAAAGCCUUUGAUAGGACCAUGGUGGUUUUCGCAGUUUGAUUCAAUAUAUGAAGUUUCCCAAGCUGCCAAGCGGUCAUUUCAGGUGCUUUCUUCAUCAUUACUGGCAGUAGCAGCUCUUUACGAUAUUUUCUUCGCUCGGUCUGGUUCAGAAUAUGUAAUUGGUGAAUCGAAGUAUGGAGUGAAAUCCCGGAGUGUAGCUCUUACAUUUGCAGAAAAGUGGUUCUCAAAUCAUAAUUAUUUUCUAGAUUUUUUAAAGUCUCAAAGCCCAGUUAUUAGGUCAGCUGCAUAUUCAGUUAUUAGAAGUUGUUUGAAAAACAUUCCUCAUGCAAUCGGUGGAGGAGAUAUGAAAGUGCUUGCGGGAACCAUACUUGGUUGUUUCCAGGAAAAGAACCCAGCUUGCCAUUCAUCAAUGUGGGAAACUUUGUUUCUUUUCACAAAAAGCUUUCCAAACAGUUGGGCCUCUGUGAAUGUUCAAAAAACCAUAGUAAACCGAUUAUUAAAUUUCCUUAAGAAUGGCUGUUUUGGAUCUCAGCAAGUAUCAUAUCCAUCUCUGGUUCUGUUUUUGGAAAUAGUACCUUCAGAAGCAAUCAAUGGGGAGAAAUUUCUUAUUGAGUUUUUUAGAAGCCUCUGGGAAGGGAGAAGCCUGUCUUAUUCGUCACAAGCAGAUCAGCUUGCAUUUUUUCUUGCAGCAGAAGAAUGUUUUAUUUGGAGCUUGCGAAAUGCUUCCAGAUAUGUUGAUGGGGAAGAUGGCAUUUACCAUCUACAGUGUAAGCUUGUAGAAGAGAUUUUGCUAGGCCUAUUCUGGCAUGACUAUUUAUCGUCAGCCUGCUCAAAAGACCAGGAUGUACUCUUUUCAUCAUACUCUCUGGGCCAUUCAAAUAGUAGCAUCCAGCCUAUUUAUAAGGAGUCAAGAGAAGUAGUGAACAGUAAGUAUUCGAGGGAUCAUAAGGAAAGUCUUGGGAAAUGCAUCAUUAAGAUCAUUUCUGGGAUUCACAGCAUAAAACACGAUCUGCUCUUGAUUUUUUGUUCAAAAUUUCAAGCGGGUUGUCUGGAUAUGUUUCAGAAAACAGAGUAUUCUUCUCAAAAAAUGCAGAAGAUUGUCAAAUUUAUUUUACUACUUGAUGGGGUGCAGAAAGGAGAGACAUGGCCUUUGCUGGACUUAGUCGGACCCACUUUGGCAAAGUCUUUCCCAUUAAUUGGGACACUCGACUCACCGGACGCAGUUCAGAUAAUUUUGGUUUCUGUAUCUGUAUUUGGACCUCGCAAGAUAACUCAAGAGCUUACAUGUAGUGAACUGGGAGAAGAACAGUUUCUGAAAUCAUUCAAUGAGAUAAUUGUUCCUUGGUGCUUAAAAAUAUUUAGUCCAACUACUGCUGCUAGAUUGGAUCUCUUGCUUGCCUUAGUUGAUGAUGAGUGCUUCUCAGAGCAGUGGGAUGCAAUUGUUUCAUAUAUAGUGGACAGAGAAAAGGUUGGUGUUGAUCCUGCGGCUGUGGAUAGAAACUGCAUAUCUGUCUUGGCUAUUCUAAUGGAGAAGGUAAGGGAGAGAACUAGGAAGACUGCAUUGUGUCAAGACAACUGGCAUCAUGAACUUCUGGAUUUGGUUGCUGUUCAUGUUGCACAAGCCUAUCCCCCGGUCGGAAAUUCUGAUGCUCAAUUUUUGUGCACUGUCCUCGGUGGAGGAUCAAAGGAUGAUAAUAUUUCGUUUGUCUCAUGGAACACAUCGGUUCGGAUAUUUCUAUACAGCACUGUCCUAGGUUCUUUUUUGUUUAACGGGAGAAAUCUUUCACACCGGAGUAUGGGAUCUUCUGAUACUGUUUUGGAGAAAACUCAUUUUGCCCUGGAUGUUCUCCGUGGUAGUUCUUUUUCUCUCAGUACAGUUGAGGCUGAAAGCGAGCUUCUUCAAGACAUAUUGGCUGCUAUUUUCAUAAUUGACUGGGAAUUUAACUGGGUCAAUGUUUCUGAGCACAAGUUUGAUGAAGAGCAUUCAGGAAAGACUGGGACCAGGUUGACAUUUUAUGAGGCUGUCCAUGACUUCCGGUGCAAAGCAUGCGGACAGUUAUUGAAAGUGUUUGCCGUAAAUAGCCAGAAGGUUUUGGCAACUACUUUGACUCAGGCAAUAAAAUGCAUGUUGUUUAUGGAUAGUAUAUAUUGUUCAGAGAAUUUUAUUUCUUCCUGCUGCCGUUGGGCACUUGAUAUUUUUGAACUUUUCUGUCAAGACCAAGUUGAGGAACAACAAUUGUUGGACCAGUUAUUGAGUAAGAAUGAGUUGUGGCCAUUGUGGGUCGUACCAGAUAAGACUGGAGCCAGAUUGAGAACUGACAAUGUUCCUACUCAAGUACCCAAAAAUUCCAAAUUUGUUGCUCUGGUUGACAAACUAAUAUCUAAACUUGGAUUUGAUAGAAUAAUAGCUGGUUCUGUAUUUGAAGCAUCACCUUCUUCUGCUGAGUGUUCUGUGGGUAACUUGGCAAUCAGUCAAUCACAUUAUUAUCGGCCUUGGCUUGCCGCUGAAAUUUUGUGCACAUGGAAAUGGCUAGGCAGCAGCAUUUUCAGUUCCUUUUUACCUUCUUUAAUCAGCUAUGUGAAGAGUAGAGAUCAUGGUUUGUCAGAUUCAAUUUUGAGAAUUCUGCUUGAUGGUGCCCUUGUCCAUGGAGCUGGAAAUGGGUUAAAUCUCUUAUGGCAUGCUUCAGCUGAUGAGUUAGAGGCUGUUGAGGAACCCUUUCUGAGAGCGCUAGCAUCUUUGCUCUCUACAUUGUUCCAAGAAGAUGUGUGGGGAAAUGACAAGGCUGCAUCACUCUUCAAAUUAUUACUGGAGAAACUCUACAUCGGUGAUGCUGUGAAUUCAAAUUGCUUGGAGGUUUUACCAUCUGUUGUUAACAUACUUAUUGCCCCUUUGGUCAUUGGAUAUGGAGAUUCUAUGAACAAUCAGCAUGAUCUGUAUAGACUAAGUGAAUUCCAUAGUGCAACAGUUGACUGGAUCAAGAAAGCCAUAUCGUUCCCCCCACUGAAUACAUGGCAUACUGGAGAAGAUAUGAAGGACUGGCUUCAUUUGGUUAUUUCUUGUUUCCCUGUCAAAAUAACAGAGUUAAUAGGUGGGGUAAAACCAGGGAGGUAUGCCUCCCACGUGGAGAGAACCACGUUGUAUGAGCUGUUUCUGAAGCAGAGGCAGGGGGCCUCGGCUGUUAUAAAUAAGCUACCUUUAGUGCAGAAGCUGAUGUCGGAGUUGGUUGUUAUUUCAGUUGGUUAUUGCUGGGAAGAUUUUGACGAAGAUGACUGGAAAUUUGUUAUGCAUCAGCUAAGAUUUUGGAUUGAAGCAGCAGUAGUCAUGAUAGAAGAAAUUGUUGAAAAUAUCAAUCAAACUUUAACGGAUGGACCUAAUGAUUCCAAUGCUUCAUUAGAUAAGAUUAAAAUAAAUGUAGUGAGUAUUGAUUCUUUUGCCAUAGAACUUGCAAGAAAUGCACAUGUUGGGUUUUCUUUGCUUUGUUCCCUCAUCAAACCAUGGGACAAGUUACAAGAUGGAAAUGUAAAUCCUUUGGGGGAUGAUAAAUGGGAAUUCAUCAUUGAUCGUAUAUUCGAAGGUGUUCUACGUUUGUUUUUCUGCACUGCUGUCACAGAGGCAUUGGCGAAUUCACAUUGUCCUGAGGCUUCCUCUAUUAUUGCAUUGUCUAGACUUGAUCAUCAUAGGUUCUGGGAGUUGGUUGCUUCAUGUUCUGUUCAGUCGAGUCCACACGCAAGAGACAAAGCUGUUAAAUCAUUAGAGGUUUGGGGGAUAAAUGAAGGAGCUAUAAGCUCUUUGUAUGCUUUAGUAUUUUCAUGCAAACCUUUCCCACCUCUGCAAUAUGCGGCUUUUAUUCUUCUAUCGACUGAGCCUGUGGCUCAAUCGGCUAUUACGUACUGUAGGGAUGAUGGUACAACUAAUAAUGAGGAUUCUCUUGAUACACCAUCAGAAAAUGCUCGUUUAAGGGAAGAAAUUUCACACAAACUAGAAAAAUUACCUCAUGAAGUUCACGAAAUGGAUUUGGUGGCACAUGAACGGGUAAAUGUAUUUGUUGCUUGGUCUUUACUGCUAUCACAUAUAGUAUCCUUGCCCUCGUCAUCACCUGAAAGGGAGAGACUGAUCCAAUAUGUGCAAAAUUCUACGAACCCAGCAAUACUGGACUGUCUUUUCCAGCACAUUCCCUUGGACCCAUACAUGGGCACCAGUUCAAAGAGAAAAGAUAUAGAGCUUCCUGCAGAAGUCUCUGAAGCAGCUAAUGCUGCAAGACGAGCUGUCACAUCGAGUUCGGUUUUGUUUUCUGUAGAGUUGCUUUGGCCCAUUGCACCUGCAAAAAUGGCUUCACUUGCUGGUGCAAUAUAUGGUUUGAUGCUUCAUAAUCUUCCAGCAUACGUCCGAGGGUGGUUUAGUGAUAUACGUGACCGCUCAGCAUUAUCUGCUAUUGAAUCUUUCACAAAAGCAUUGUGUAGCCCAACAUUGAUCUCAAAUGAACUAUCUCAGAUUAAGAAAGCUAGUUUUGCGGAUGAGAAUUUCUCCAUUGUCGUGAGCAAGUCAGCUAAUGAGGUUGUGGCCACCUAUAAGAAGGAUGAAACAGGGAUGGAUCUAGUGAUUCACCUUCCUCCGUCAUAUCCCCUGAGACCCGUUGAUGUAGAUUGUACCAGGAGCCUUGGCAUAAGUGAGGUCAAGCGAAGAAAAUGGUUAAUGUCUUUGAUGACAUUUAUCCGCAAUCAGAAUGGGGCCUUAGCUGAGGCAAUAAGGAUAUGGAAAAACAAUUUCGACAAGGAAUUCGAAGGAGUCGAGGAGUGCCCCAUUUGUUACAGUGUCAUCCAUACCGUCAGCCAUAGUUUUCCACGUCUUGCAUGCAAGACCUGCAAGCAUAAAUUCCAUUCGGCUUGUCUUUACAAGUGGUUCUCGACUUCUCACAAAUCAACUUGUCCAUUGUGCCAGUCUCCCUUCUGAUGCAUCAUAUAUCUCCAAUGAGAGCCCUUUCGCCCUGCAAUGCUCAAGUACAGAACUGUGCUUCUGAAAGUCGAGUUGUGAUGAUCACGGGAUCGCUCUUAUGUUUCUGAUCCUUGAGCAAACUCGUCCUCGGAGUCUUUCCCGUUUCUUAAUGGCAUGGUAAGUCUCUUAACUCCUUUUGUUGUGCCUAGAAGCAAUGAUUUGAUUCAGUAUCUGAAACCACCCACUUUUAUAAAAUCACGAGGAAUCCCCCAUUUUGUAUGUGAAGAGACGAAGAAGUAAUUAGAUGUGACAGACAAUAGGUGCAUGCUAAAUUUUUUAAAUUUUACAUGGAAUUUAUACCUUCCCUUCCCCAACUUGUAAAUUGUAACGUAUUUGAU